AUGGCGAAAGAUCCUCUGGUGAGCUCCAAAGCGGAGCUCAAGCACAAGCAAAACAUCAAGAAGAAGGCAAAAUCCGGCGGGUUCGAGUCCCUGAACCUCAGCUCCGAUGUCUACCGAGGAAUUAAGCGCAAGGGGUACCGCGUCCCCACCCCAAUCCAACGCAAGACCAUGCCCAUCAUCCUCACCGGUACCGACGUCGUCGCCAUGGCUCGUACUGGUUCAGGGAAGACCGCCGCGUUUCUGGUGCCGAUGCUCGAGAAGCUGAGGCAGCACCUGCCUCAGGGUGGUGUCAGGGCGCUCAUUUUGUCUCCCACCAGGGAUUUGGCUCUACAGACCUUGAAGUUCACCAAAGAGCUCGGAAGAUUCACUGAUCUCCGCACUAGUUUGUUGGUUGGUGGUGACAGAAUGGAAAGCCAAUUUGAAGAAUUAGCUCAAAACCCAGAUAUCAUUAUUGCAACACCGGGUAGGCUCAUGCACCAUUUGUCUGAGGUUGAAGACAUGUCACUGAAGUCGGUGGAAUAUGUGGUUUUUGACGAGGCUGACAGUCUCUUUGGGAUGGGCUUUGCUGAGCAGCUGCAUAGGAUCCUUACUCAGUUGAGUGAGAACCGGCAAACCUUGCUGUUCAGUGCAACAAUGCCAAGUGCACUUGCUGAAUUUGCGAAGGCUGGUCUGCGUGAUCCUCAGCUUGUUCGUCUUGAUGUGGACACAAAGAUUAGUCCUGAUCUGCAGCUGUCCUUUUUCACCUUACGGCAUGAGGAGAAAGAUGCAGCCUUGCUUUAUUUGAUAAGGGAGCAUAUUAGUGCAGAUCAGCAGACAUUGAUCUUUGUUUCCACAAAGUAUCAUGUGGAGUUUUUGAAUACUCUGUUCAGAGAAGAGGGCAUAGAGCCUUCAGUGUGCUAUGGUGAUAUGGACCAUGAGGCUCGCAAGAUUCAUAUAUCCCGGUUCAGAUCAAGAAAGACUAUGUUGUUGAUUGUCACGGAUAUUGCAGCAAGAGGCAUUGACAUUCCAUUGCUAGAUAACGUAAUCAAUUGGGACUUUCCUCCUAAGCCCAAAUUGUUUGUGCAUCGAGUUGGUCGAGCUGCUAGGGCAGGUCGUACUGGGACAGCAUUUUCUUUUGUUACCUCUGAAGAUAUGCCUUACCUUCUAGAUCUGCAUCUAUUUCUCUCGAAACCAAUCAGGCCUGCACCCCCGGAAGAGGAGCUUGUGCAAGAUAUGGACAAAGUAACGAGAGAGGUUGAUCAGGCACUUGCAAAUAAAGAGACUGUUUAUGGUCGUUUCCCAGAGACACUGCUUGAACUUGUGUCAGAUAGGGUUCUUGGUAUCAUAGGUGCUUCUAGAGAGCUAACUGACUUGCAGAGAGCACGUGCUAAUGCUUUUCGCUUGUAUAGCAAGACCAAACCUGUACCUUCGAAGGAAUCCAUUAGAAGAGCAAAGGAUCUACCACGAGAGGGGAUACAUCCAAUCUUCGUAAAAGCACUAGGUGGUGGUGAAUUGAUGGCAAUGGCCUUUUCUGAACGCUUGAAGGAAUUUAGACCGAAGCAGACAAUAUUGGAGGCUGAAGGUGAAGGUGGCAAAAUGAAGACUGUUCGGGGCUCCUCUGGUCAGGUUGAUGUGAUGAAGAAGAAAAGGGCAAUUCACGAGAGGGUCAUAAAGUUGGUGCAAAAGCAGCGAUCUGCCAAACAGGUGGAAAAGGAAGAUCAAGUUGAAAUUGAUUCUUCUGAAGGAAAAUUGAAAAAAGGAGGUCGUGGAUCUAAAAGAAAGGCUCAGACUUUCAAGGAUGAGGAAUUCUUUAUUAGUUCAGUACCCACAAACAAGCACACAGAGGAUGGCUUAUCAGUAAGAGCUAAUGAAGGGUUUUCAUCAAAUAGGUUGGAAGCUGCUGUUCUCGAUCUGGUAGCAGAUGAUAAGGAUGGCUUAAAGAAGCAGAAAUCCGUCUACCAUUGGGAUAAGAAAGGUAAAAAGUACAUAAAGUUGAACAAUGGAGAUCGUGUUACAGCAAGUGGGAAGAUAAAGACAGAGAGUGGUGCUAAAGUGACUGCAACGAAGACGGGGAUAUACAAGAAAUGGAAAGACAAGUCGCACAGAAAGGUCUCCUUUAGAGGAGGAUCAAAUGGUGAUGGCAAUGCUGAAGAUUCCACCAGCAUAUCAGGAGGCAAUAGCGAUCGGCGAUUUGGAAAGAACGGGAAGUUCAGAGGACGGAACAGCGGAUCUCGGCCUGUGCAUAAUGCUAAUUUGCGUUCGGAAAUCAAGGAUGUUGAUCAAGUCAGCAAAGCGCGGCAGAAGAAGGCAGACCACAUCUCUCACCUGAAGAGCAAAGGGUCAGCUAAAGGAAAGAAAUUUGGUGGGAAGAAUGGAAAGAACUUUGGUGGGAAAGAUGGAAAGAGAGGAAAAGGGAGGAGGUGA